CCAUCGUCGCCAUUUUGAAGUGGAGUGGUUACCGCAGAGAAGAAGGAGGGUGAGAGAGCCGGGAUUACUGCUAUGAAUGUUUUCAGUUAGCAAGAAGAGAGCGUUCACAAGGAAGAUGCAAGUACUCAACUGACAGUUGUUCCGAUGAACAGUGCUGUGCACUGGCACAUGGGAACAUCAGCAAUAAUCACCUGUAAUAAUAGAGCAGGAGAGCAGCUAACAGGAGUGCUGGAGUCGGCAAAACGAAAAAUUGUCUCUGAACCCUUUCCCUUUAAAACCAUCUGUUACACUGGCAAGAACUUGGUAUUAUGGAAGAAGGCGGUAACAUCAUUGCCCUAAUCUCAAAUCUGAGGGAGCAGGAAGCCGUCCUGAUUUCCGAAGCCAUCGUAAGCUCAUCCGCAGAGAACGCCGAUGACCCAUUAAAGGGUAAACCUGAUCCCCUCAUCCAGGUCAUCCAAAAGCUCAGCAAAAUUGUCAAAAGCGAAAAGUCACAGAAAUGCGUUUUGAUCGGGGGGAAACGCUUGUACCCCGACACCCCCAGCCUUCCAGAGGCCCCACCCAAAGCCCUGGAAUUGCCUGCUCUGGGCACCAUCAACAUAGAAGACUAUUACACGAUGGACGACCCUCCGCAGAGCAAGCGGAAGGUCCUUUGCUAUGAGUGCAGCCUCUGCAAGUCGGUGUCGCCCACUCUUCCCCUCUUACAGGAGCACAUCAAGCAACACGGUCAGCAGAACGAAGUCAUGCUCAUGUGCUCAGUCUGCAGUUUCACCACCCGGAGCGUAGAGGAUUUUGAAACUCACAUUCGAAGUCACCCGGAGAACAGCAGCAAAAUCCACGCCCUGUUGAAGGAAGAGCAUUGCAUCGGCCCUUCGGGCACCGCUUUGCCUGGGCCAGUCGAAAAAGUCAUCAUCGGCAGCGAUCAUGAGAUGACACCUCCCCAAGGGCCUGAGAAAGGGAGGCGGAAAUGGUACACUUACGAGCAAUACGGCAUGUACCGGUGCUUGAUUUGCAGCUACACGUGUGGACAGCAACGAAUGUUGAAAACGCACGCUUGGAAGCAUGCGGGCGAGGUGAAUUGCUCCUAUCCCAUAUUCGAGGAAGAAAAAGAGCAGGCCACCUUGCCGGAUUCUGCCAUGUUGGAUACCGUCGUCCUGUCCCUCGACAAUAACGAGCCGGGGCUCUGCAAUAACCAGCCCGUACAACUUCGCAUUUGCAGCCCCGAGCCGGUGGCUUUCAAAACUGAAUCGCCCAUCAAAGAAGAGCCAUCCCUCGGUCAGCCAGCUGCGCUUUCCCCUGCAGACCAAUUAUCGGAGGAGAAGGCGUCGCAUGAAGAUCUGGAGGCGGAUCACUUGGGGGCUGACAGCUUGCUUUCUUCGGCCCAGAAAAUCAUCCACUGCAGCCCCAACAAAAAGGGCCAUGUCAACGUCAUUGUGGAGCGCCUGCCCAGUGCCGAAGAGCCCGUCUUGCAGAACGACGUCAUGGAUAAUGUCUUGCAUUACUCGGUGGGCGCCGCCCCCGAACACCCGCCGGCUGGGCGGGAUGCGUCGGAUGACGUUUAUCACAUGGAUAAGAAUUCGAUUGAAAUCGAAGAAGUUAUCAUUGGGUGGAGCAGCACGGAAAAGGCCGAAGAUAACCCGAAUCCCAGCCGGGCUAAAAUGGCUGACGAAAAUGCUCCACCUGCCCGGAGGAGAACCAAUUCAGAGUCUUUGAGGCUGCACUCGCUCGCCGCCGAAGCCUUGGUUACGAUGCCAAUCCGAGCCGCGGAGCUUGCUCGAUCCAGCUUCCGGGCUUUUGCCGACGUCAACCCUUUAAGCUCAGAGACUGGGCAGAGGCCUCCCGACGGUGGCUAUUUAGGCCAUUCUAAACGGAUUGCCUCCCUGAAGACGGAGGAACUGGGUAGCCUGAACCAAGAGGAAAGGGCUUUCGUGGAACUGCAGAAGGAUAAACCGGAGCUCCCCGAAGGCCCCAUUAAAAUGGGCAUCAGCAUGUCGCUGCUGACCGUGAUUGAGAAGUUGAAAGAGAGGACGGACCAGAAUGCCUCCGACGACGACAUUUUGAAGGAGCUGCAGGAUAACGUUCAGUGCCAACCGUCGGGGGAUGCCAGCGUGCUUGGGAGCAGUCUGGUGGAAUACAUCCCUGACGCGGAACGGCCCUUCCGGUGUCGCCUGUGCCACUACAGCAGCGGCAACAAAGGCUACAUCAAGCAGCAUUUGCGGGUCCAUCGGCAGAGGCAGCCUUACCAGUGCCCGAUUUGUGAGCAUGUGGCCGACCACAGCAAGGAUUUAGAAAGUCACAUGAUCAAUCACUGCAAAACCCGAAUGUACCAGUGCAAGCAGUGUGAGGAAUCCUUUCAUUAUAAGAGUCAGCUGCGCAGUCACGAAAGAGAACAGCAUUGUCUCACAGAUACAUAUGCAACCCCAACGUUUGACGGCUUAAUGGCUUGCAGUGAAGCAGAUGAAAGAGUUGGGGACAAGAUUUCAGUCCAGAAACUUUACCGUUGCGACAUUUGUGAUUACACAAGCACAACGUAUGUUGGCGUGAGGAAUCACAGACGGAUUCACAACUCGGAUAAGCCAUACAGAUGCCGCGUCUGUGACUUCGCCACCACAAGUAUGAAUAGCUUGAAGUGUCACAUGAGGCGCCACCCACAGGAGCACCAGGCAGUGCAGUUAACGGAGCAGUUCAAAUGUUCUCUCUGUGGAUAUGUAUGCAGCCACCCUCCUUCCCUGAAGUCUCAUAUGUGGAAACAUGCAAGUGAUGAAAACUAUAAUUACGAACAAGUGAAUAAAGCUAUUAAUGAUGCAAUAUCACAAAGCGGCAGGCUACUGGGUCAGCUUACUGGGAAGAAAGUAACCAAAACUUUGGAAGGCGAUGCCAUUCCUUUCACCAGUAGCUCCGAAGGUUUGUCUUUUUCAAACUCUCCUAAGCCGACAGCGAACAAAAUAAUGAUUUCUGACCACCAUCAGGAUCAACCUUCUACAACCAAUACCUCAAGCAAUUCAGAGAAGGCCGCAGGCCUGUCCUACCUGGGCUCAGAAUACUGUGUUCUGCUCUUCUGCUGUUGUAUCUGUGGAUUUGAGUCCACCAGCAAAGAGAACUUGUUGGACCACAUGAAAGAACACGAGGGGGAAAUCAUCAACAUCAUUCUGAACAAGGACCAUGCAGCAACUCCAAGUAUAAACUAAACUCAAUGUUUCUCCACCUUGGCAGCUUGGAAGAUGUGUGGACUUCCAACUCCUAAAAUGCCCCAAUCAACCUUGCUGGCUGGGAAUUUCUGGGCAACUCCCAGAAAUCCCCAGCCGCACAUCUUCAAAUUGCCUAAGUGGAAAUACAUCAAGCUAGAGAAAGUUCCCUUCGCUCUGGAUCUCCAACUUUGCCUGCAAGACUUGCUAAAUCAAAGAACUUAGGAAUAAGCAUGUAUGUAUAUGUACAUAUUUAUUUGCUCAAAGUGCUUUUCUUCAGCAAGCCUUUGUUCCUGCCUCCAUCCCGAAGCCUGUGUUAUCUGCAGAAGAGCAGAUUAUUUUACAAGUUUUUGAAGAAACCCUGACAUGAUAAUGCUGCGUUUACAGUAAAAUAAUAAUAAUAAUAAUAAUAAUAACCCAGAAGUUACCUUCUACCCACAGAACUAUUUUUUAUGCCUAUUAUUAACCCAAAUGAUAGUGGUGUAGAGAAUUCACCGUGAGGAAUUAACAGAAAAGGGGAUUUAGCCUUUCUACCUAGAAAUGCAUCCAGAGGGCAUAAAAUCUGCUUCAGGUAAGUGUUAAAAGAAAACCAUCUUGAUACGACCGUAAAGCAGCCAUUUCUGAGGACAGAAGCCUUUGUUAGUUCUUAGGCUUCCUAUCACAACCAAUGG